UUCUCCCUUGCGAACAGUGAAGGGGUUCUCUUUACUAUCGCUACCCUCCCCCCUUCAGCCUACAAACUCCUCAUCCCAAUUUCUCAGAAAGUUUUUUCUUCCCUGCAGGAAGCGCACAAAGCGAGUCCAGCCCGAACCGAGAAGGCAGCUGCACCGAGUAAAGACUGGAAACCAGGGAAUAGAGGAGGAUUCGCUCAGUUUUGUGUCUCUCUCUGUGUAAAUCUCUUCCCCCCCCCCCCACCCACCCCCACCCCCACUCAGUCAUUCCACCCCACCCCCACUCCCCCUCCAUCCCUCCCCAGUACCAUUCGUCUCCAUACCGAAUCGACAAUGACGUCUCUAACCGGGACAGCACCGCGGAUGAUGCGCCCGAGCCCAGGCCAAAGCUACAACAGGACCGGUUUCCCUCUGGAAGUGUCCACACCUCUGGGCCAGGGGAGAGUAAAUCAGCUCGGCGGCGUUUUUAUAAACGGCAGGCCACUGCCAAAUCACAUUCGACACAAAAUCGUGGAGAUGGCCCAUCACGGUAUCCGGCCCUGUGUCAUCUCCCGGCAGCUGCGUGUCUCCCACGGCUGUGUCUCGAAAAUCCUGUGUCGCUAUCAAGAAACGGGCUCGAUCCGACCCGGGGCUAUCGGAGGGAGCAAGCCCAGGCAGGUAGCAACACCGGAUGUGGAGAAAAAGAUCGAGGAAUACAAGAGAGAAAACCCCGGGAUGUUUAGUUGGGAGAUCAGAGACAAACUGCUCAAGGACGGCAUCUGUGACAGGAGCACUGUCCCUUCAGGUGAGGGAAAACUUCCAACAGCCCUCUCCAUCAGUCGGGUGUUAAGAGCCAAAUUUGGAAAGAGAGAUGAUGACGAAGAAAUGGAGAAGAAGGAGGAAGAAGGGGGCAGAAAGACUAAACAUAGUAUUGAUGGAAUCCUCGGGGAGAAAGGCAAUCGCUUGGAUGAUGGGACCUCGGACGUGGAAUCGGAGCCUGAUCUCCCGCUGAAACGAAAGCAACGUCGCAGUCGCACCACGUUUACUGCAGAGCAGCUGGAGGAGUUGGAGAAAGCCUUUGAGAGGACCCACUACCCAGAUAUCUACACCAGAGAGGAGUUGGCCCAGAGAACCAAACUCACAGAGGCACGAGUCCAGGUCUGGUUCAGUAAUCGCCGAGCUCGGUGGCGUAAACAAGCCGGAGCUAAUCAGUUGGCAGCAUUCAACCACCUGUUGCCAGGUGGAUUCCCACCCACUGGAAUGCCAACCUUGCCCCCGUACCAGUUGCCUGAGUCAUCAUAUCCAACAACUACUCUCUCCCAAGAUGGAGGGAGCACAGUCCACAGGCCACAGCCUCUCCCACCCUCAUCCAUGCACCAGAGUGGCCUGGCAGCUGCAGCAGAGAGUGGCUCAUAUGGUUUAACGUCCAAUCGACACACCUUCUCCAGCUACCCUGACAGCUUCAUGAACGCGACAGGACCUAACAACCCUAUGAACCAGGUCAGCAAUGGACUCUCUCCACAGGUGAUGAGUAUCCUGAGUAACCCUGGAGCAGUCCCCACUCAGCCACAGCAUGAUUUCUCCAUUUCCCCGCUGCAUGGGAGCCUGGACACCUCGAAUCCGCUCUCCGCCAGCUGCAGCCAGCGCUCCGACUCCAUCAAGGGCGUGGAGACCCUGCCCAGCUCACAGUCUUACUGCACACCCGCCUACAGCACCUCUGGAUACAGCAUGGACCCUGUGCCCGGCUAUCAGUACGCCCAAUAUGGACAAAGUGCAGUUGACUACCUCACCAAGAACGUGAGCCUGUCCACACAGAGGCGGAUGAAGUUGAGCGAGCACUCCGCUGUCCUGGGUUUGCUGCAGGUCGAAACGGGACAAGCUUAUUGAGGACGUCUGACCCCUGCGAGAGCUCUCGGAGCAAGGCCAGAGAGAGA